CAUAAAUAUUUAUGCUUCACCAAAAUUUUAAAACAUACAUUCCUUCGCAUAAAAAUGUUAUUUUUUUCUAGCCAAAUGAACACCCAUCUUACAAUAUUUUUGUUAUUAACAUGUUUUUAAAGUAACAAAUCAUGUUUUUACUAAAGCUCUUUCAUAUCUGCCACAUGUAUAUCCUGUACAUUUAACCAAUAAACCUGUUUUCUUGCUAUUGUGACUGUUUUUGCCUCCUUCUUUUGGACACAUGGCUUUUAAAGGAGGGGGGUGUAUUUGGUUGGAGGUAAAGAGAGCAGCACUGUCUAUGCAUAUGGAGGGUAGGGCACCCCCUCCUUCCAUACAACCCCACCCCUUUACUUCCUGAGACGUCCAAGCCCCGCAGCAGAGGAGUUUAACAGAGCCAGGUUGUUGAGCUUUCCUAAAGUUAAGCAAAGACUUGAUAUUCUGAGAAUAUGUGCAACCAGAGAGGUCCUUUGCUGCCUGUGGCCUGACCAUAUGCUGUCAUGUCAGAGAUUUCAUGCCUCUCUGGAUCAACAAUCUCUUACUUUUUUAAAGAUUUGCUGCCAUUUAGUUAUUUCUUUCUAGUUUUACCAAUUUCUGCUCGGCAUUUUAUGAAAUAGGACAAAUAUUCAAGCUUAAUGCAAUCGAAACAUCUAUUUCUGUAUGAGAAAAGUAAAAACUAAUCAAUCAGGAGGGUGUUGCCGCACUUAACCCAGAUAAAAGUUGUUGUUUUUGUCAUUCGAUUAAGAUUUUGUUUUAUUAACUUUUGUGUGAUCCUUUUUUGCGAUAGUGCUCAAUAAUGCACUCAAGCUACAUUUUAAUCCCUGUCAGUGCAUCUUUAAACUUCUACCCCUCUGCACACUAAAUUUAAAGGAUCCCAUCAGCAUUAGCAAGAGUGCUAUUUAAUCUGCCGGGUAAUUGUUUUUCUCCUCUGAGUGGCUCAAACACACAUAUCAGGGUUAAAUGUGUUGUGAGAAGAUUCAGAACACUCCCAGCACUCUGUCUGAGAGAUAAGGCGGCCAUGCCUCUGCUCCGUUUUAAAGAGUCAGUGUCCUCUUAUUCCUAAGAGACCAUUCAGAAAUGUUAUAGUGAUUUAUCCACCUAUAUAGUGUGUGAUCACUACACAACUUGUUAAAAUUUUACACAAAUCUAGUGUUUACUUUUUUAUUUUACUCCUGAGGCACAGCUAAAAUCGUUCAAACUUUUGCCACUUUCUUGGGUCAAAGUUACUUUUUAUACAUUUCCUCCUAAACUAUUUCCUAUUUUUUAACCUUUUUCCAGCUCACCCUUCACUCUUCUUUUUUUUUUCCGCUCUGACAGCACUGUGCCAAUUCCUCCGGCUUUACAAAUAUGAUAAGGCUCGAGCUGCAAGAACUAUGCUAAUGGUUAACCAGAUAAUUCAUCCUACGGGGUGGGAAUAGACAACAGUUGGAGGUUUUUCUGACUGGUUUGGUGUCACUGCGCGCCUUUUGCCGCACUCAUUGAAGAGUUAGAAUGGAGGAGACGCCACAACAGGAGAGGCAGGAGUUGGAGGAUAAAAUCCAGAAUGAAGAGGAAGGUGGAAUUCGUCGUCGAUUGAGAGACAGGGACCUCCUAAGGAAGAGAAAAGCUGAAGCAGAAGAGAAGGAAACUUACCAGUGGGUUUUUGGGGUGGAGAGCCAAAGGAAGAGAUCAAGAACUCAGAAUGGCACGAAGAGGAGGGGGAGGCCCAGAAAGAUCGAGCCUCAGUUGACAGUUGUUCAGGAGGAGGCGCCUGAUACUCAGUUUACUCCUGCAGUUGUCGUGGCUCCUGAACCAGCUGCAGACGCCUCUGAGCAAAUCUCAGCCUUUCUGGCCCCCUAUCUGGUGAAGGAGUCAACGCCGGCUCCUGCACUCGCUCCUCCUGUACUCGCUGGUCCUGCACCUGGACUCGACUUUGCCCAGAGCUCAGUAUUUGAUUCUACUCUGCCACCUUCUGCUCCACUCAAUCCAGCUUUAGUAACCUCCUCUCCUAAAGAUUUAGCUCCCACCUCCGAUGGAGCUCCAGCUCUAUCUUUAGCUACAGGACUUGGUCCUGCUUCUGUUCCAGUUUUUGGUCCUUCUCCAGUUCCUGCUCCUUCUCUUGCUCCCCUUUUUGGUCCUCCUCCAGUUCCUGCUCCAGUUCUUGGUCCUGCUCCUCCUGUUCCAGGUCCUGCUCCUGCUCCGGGUCCUGCUUCUGUUUUUGCUCCUGCUCCAGCUCUGUUGCAAGAGAGUCCUCCAGCUCCUGCUUCUGUUUCUGCUCGAGCUCCAGCCUCGCCUCCUGCUUCAGCUCUGUUGCAAGACAGUGCUCCAGCUCCAGCCUCUGUUCCUCCCUCAGUUCCCUCCCAGUUGGAGAACCUGUACGUAGAAUCUGGGCGGGGGGGAAACCUUGAACAGGUCCAGAUUGAGGACUUGGGCCCUGACGAGGAAGAGGAUGCUUCUGCAUCUCCAGAAAAAGGAGCUGAUGCAGACUUAAAGGAAACAACACUGAUCACUGCUCCAGAACAAAACAAAAUGUUUUCACUGCAGAGUUUGUCCUCCCCAUCCGUACCACAGCAGUAUCUGCCUGGAAACUGAUCAUACUUUUCAUAAAAAUUGCUUUUCAAAUGUUGCUAUUUGGCUCCUAGAACUUAAGAAUUUGCUAAGUUAAUGUGCAGUUUUGGGUUGGAAAAAACACAUGUUUUGAAUUUGGCUUUGCUUUACCAAAAAAUCAAGAAAAUUGUACUCAAUUAGUUUGCUUAUUUAUUCACUGAGACGUUAGAAGAAUGUGUUUUGCCGUUUGCGUGUGUGUUUAUGCAUGUAUUUUAUUUUGAAGUCCAUAUGCAUCACAUUGAGCUUUUUUAUUAAAAUGUGCUAAAUAAAUGUUAUGUAAUUAUAAUAUGUGUGAUGCUUAGUAUUAUUAGUAAAACAAUUGUUUUCUUGUUAAUACACAUAAAACAAUAAAAAGAAUAAAGUAUG